AUGAACACAAACGACACACUCGUGCGACGAUGGGUCAUGAUUUCUCACUUUGAACUAUGGGAAAUCGUGCUGUUCACUGUUCUGUUUAGUUUACUUGUUAUUGUGGCGGUUAUCGGAAAUGCCAUCGUCUGUAUUCUUCUCCGAUUCCGCUAUAUGCGAUGUGCACGUUAUCUCAAAUCUCUGUGUAAUCGUGAAGCUCGGAAACUUAUUGGGACAGGAAUCUAUCGAGAAUAUGUUACUGAUAAUCUGUGGGCAGAUGAAUGCGCCAGUAGUCAGCACGAGUGCAGCUGUGGCAAAAUGGGAAUCGCUUCAACUCCGGGUAGGGUGGUGAUUUUCAAAAACACUGAAUCGCGACCUGGAAGCUUGGAAGGUAGUACAGGUGCACUGACGGGAAACAUCACCAUAGUGCAGCCAAGCCUUAAUUCCAACGCUCAAGAUAAAUCCAAGAACCGCUAUAAUGAACUCGUGCGUGCACUGUCAACAAAGCACCGUAAUCGCAGUGGCCGCGGUGUCAGCAUCACGAGUUUAUUCUUGUUCAACCUAAGUUUGGCCGAUUUCCUCAUGGCUAUUCUGUGCAUUCCUCCGUACAUUGUGACAGAGAUUGCUGCGUUCUACUGGCCGUUUGGCGAACCUUUGUGCAAAAUCAUCAAUUAUUCCCAGGGAGUAAGCAUAUUUGUGAGUUCGCUCACGCACGUGGUUAUCUCAUUAGAUCGGUUUGUACUCGUGUAUUUUCCACUUCGCCCUCGAAUACGUUAUCGCACAGCUGUAGGUCUGCUUUUCGGAGUAUGGCUUCUCGCAAGUCUGAUACCUCUUCCAAUCAUGAUUGUGAAUCGCGUGAGGCUGUCAAAGACCGGCAGUCGUUGUGUGGAAGACUGGUCUCUACUCUUUUCGAAUCUAACUACAAAAGGAAAGGUACCAAAUAUGGAGUAUUUUCUGUCUAUCUUUGACGGUCAACUCACAAUUGAACUGCGAUCAACCUAUACUGUGAUUCUAAUGAUUCUGCAGUACUUUGUUCCCUUAGGAGUAAUAUGUGGCACGUACGCAGCCAUUGCUGUUCGAGUGAGUGGGAUGCAAACACCCGGGGAACGUGAUUUAAACAGAGACCAAAAUCUUAUCCGAGCAAGAAAGAAGAUGAUCAAAAUGCUGAUGACUGUGGCAAUAAUGUACGGUUUGUCCCACCUGCCACACCAUAUACUAUACCUGCACGGAUCCAUUCAUCGCGAGUUUUGGCGCAACUCUUGGGCAGUGCGUUUAUGGGCACUGGCCACAUUGCUGCGUGACUCUUCCACAUGUUACAACCCAUUCAUCUAUGCUUGGGUGAACAAAACAUUUCGUAAGGAUGUUCAUCACCUUCUCGCCCUCUCCUGUCUGCCAUGUGCCAUGUUAAAACAAAAAUGCCGGAGCUGUUGCAGCGGGCAACAACGUGUGCCAACUAUGAGCGGUCACCCUUUGCCUGUUGACGGAAGUUCCAGUGUUGCCGCACAACGAAGACAAUUAUGUCGGGUUUCUCACAACCAUCAUCAGUUAUCGCUGCCACUUCGAAGAAACGUUCAUGUAGACCAGAAAACAUCUAUAACAACGAUGCGCUCUUUUAACAAUCAUGACAGACCUAUUACUUCUAAGUAG